UGCAAAAGUCAUCGUAGUGUGAUCUAAACGUGUUUUGCUUUUAACAAUUACAAAUAAAGUACGCGGUAUGCAAAAACAAAAGCCUCGAGGUCCUGGAAAGCCAGGAUCGCGUGCGCCAUCCAAGCCGGGCGACAGCCAAAGACCCAACAACAAGCAACACAAUCAGAAACGCGCUAAGGAGCUGUCUCGCUCUAAGUUGGCCGCAACCGAAACUGAAAUCCAAGAGCUGCGAGCCAAAUAUAAUGAAAUCGACCCAGAGACGAUUAAAACAUUCGCCCAGUUUCCCCUGUCACAGAAAACACAAAAAGCUUUAUCCGAGGCCAAGUACACAACGCCCACUGAGGUGCAACGUCUAAGUAUAGGACACGCGCUCCAAGGCAAAGAUGUACUUGGAGCUGCUAUCACGGGCAGCGGCAAAACUUUGGCCUUUCUUAUACCCGUAAUGGAACAUUUGUAUAUGAAUAAAUGGUCCCGUACGGAUGGAGUUGGAGCUAUUAUCAUCUCACCAACUCGUGAGCUAGCUUAUCAAAUUUUCGAAACACUAAAGAAAAUCGGCAAGUAUCAUGAUUUCUCUGCGGGUCUCAUUAUUGGCGGCAAGAAUCUAAAAUUUGAACGCACGCGCAUGGAUCAAUGCAAUAUAUUGAUAUGCACACCAGGCCGAUUACUCCAACACAUGGACGAAAAUCCCCUGUUUAAUGCAACAACAAUGGAAGUGUUGGUACUGGAUGAGGCUGAUCGCUGCCUGGACAUGGGCUUCCAGAAAACGCUCAAUUCCAUAAUCGAAAACUUUCCGCCAGAUCGUCAAACUUUACUGUUUUCGGCAACGCAAACCAAUACAGUGGAAGAUCUGGCAAGACUCAACCUAAAAGAUCCAGUAUACGUGGGCUAUGGUACAGCCAAGUCCGUAGACACAAAACCAUCUGGAUCUACAGCAGUGCUAGCCUUGCCGGAACUGCUGCAGCAGAGCUAUGUGGUUCUACCGCUGGAGGAGAAGAUAACUAUGCUCUGGUCAUUCAUUAAGAAUCAUCUAAAGCAGAAGAUCAUUGUCUUUGUUGCCAGCUGCAAGCAGGCAAAGUAUUUGUAUGAGAUAUUUUGUAAAUUGCGUCCAGGCGUUGGUUUGCUAGCUCUUUAUGGGACCUUGCAUCAGGAUCGUCGCAUUGCCAUCUAUGAGGAUUUCCUGCGCAAGAGCCAUGUGGUCAUGUUUGCCACAGAUGUGGCUUCGCGUGGCCUUGACUUCCCCUCUGUCAACUGGGUGCUGCAAUUGGAUUGUCCAGAAGAUGUCCCGCAAUAUAUCCAUCGAGCGGGUCGCUCGGCACGCAACAAAAGCCGAGGCGAAUGCCUUUUGGUGUUGACGCCCAGCGAAGAAGAGUACAUGAUUGCUGCUCUAAAGGAACGGCUCAAUCUCGACAUACGCGCUGUCCACAUUGAUCCCAAGAAACUAUUUUCGCCACGCGUCAAAAUCGAAGCGUUUCUCGCACAAUUUCCCGAAUUGCGGGCCUCAGCCCAACGUGCCUUCCUCUCGUAUCUAAAGUCUGUGUUCCUUAUGCGCAAUAAGCGACUGUUUAAUGUGCUUAGCCUUGACCUGGAUGCCUAUGCCCAGUCCCUGGGUUUGGCUGUCACGCCUCGAGUGCCCUUCAUCGAGAAGCUGAAGUGGCGACAGAAGCAACAGAACCAGCCGGAGCAGCAAACAAAUAAAACAACAGGCUUUGGUCACGACAACGAUGAUGAGGAUGGGUCAGGGGAGGAUGAGGAUGACUUCAUAAAGAUCAAGCGGCGCGAUCAUGAUGUGGAAGGCGAUGCCACUGAAUUAGAGCAGCAAGUGGGCGAGGAGUCAGAGGAGCCGCUUGUAGUGCCCAAGCGUGAGAAGCUUGUGACCAAAGCGGCGCUGGCUAAGAAGGCGAUCAAAAAGAAUCUACAGAUCAAUUCAAAGGUGAAAUUCGAUGAGGAUGGCGAAACGCUUGCCGAUGAGCGCAAUCAAAUGAAGGCGCUGACAGCCAGGCAACAGAAGCAACAACAACAGCAAAAGGAUGACGAUGGCGGUAUCAAUCUGAUGCUCUCCAAGGCGCUGCUCAACGAGGAGGAUCAAUACGAUAAGCAGCGUUUCCGUGAGCUCGUAAAGAAACGUCAUAAGCUGCAGCGCGAAAAACUGCGCAAGAAGGCAGAGCAGCAGCAGAGCGACGACGAUGAGGAGCAGGACGAAGAUGAAGCACAACAGUUGGAUAUGGAUAGCGAGAGUGAGCAGUCGGUGGACUUGUCCUGGCUGCCAGAUCCUGAUAAGAUAUAUAAAAAGAGAAACGAGAAGGAUGAGAAUGAGGAGGAGGAGAAGGAGGAUGCACACCAGAAUGAUGAAGAAGAUGAAGAUGAAGAUGACGAUGAUGAUGAUGAUGAUGAUGAUGAUGAGCCUGUCUUUAAGAAGUCUAGAAUAACUGAUAAGCUAACGCUUAUGGAUACAGAAGCCAUAGCAGCCAAUUUGCUGGCCAGCUAAGGCAGAUGUCAGGAGCAAG